AUGUUGAAAACCCUUUUGCCUAUCGUGCUUUUUGUGGGUGUGGCCGCAGAGGACUGCGAAGAAGGAUGGACAACAUAUAAGGUGAUGGGCAGUUGUUAUAAGAUGGUAAACGGCCAAAAUUUCUGGAACGCCGAAGCGGAAUGCGCGUUGGCGGGUGCGCAUUUGACGUCGAUUCUGAGCGACGAGGAGAAUCAGUUUGUCGAAGGGAUGAUCUCCAAACAUAAUGCCGGAGGUGACGCGUGGGUUGGAGGCUAUUUGAUGACGCGGAACGUGACACAGUUCCACUGGAUGGAUGGAACUCUGGUGGAUGUGGGCAGCAUUAUCUGGAACAAGGGCCGCAAGCCAGACAGUACCUCCAAGAUGCAUUGCUUGCGCAAAAACGGUAACGGGAGCCUCGAGCAGCAAUUCUGCGACCAACAGAACAAAGCCAUCUGCAAGCGCCCCAUCGGCCAGGCCACCGUCAAGUUGGAGACGCCGAAGUGCGACGAGGGGUGGAAGGGGUCGAAAUGGACCGGAAGUUGCUAUAAGCUAACGCCGUCCCUAAAAAGCGGUGCCGCUCAAGAGCAAUGUCUUGGCUGGAAUGCGACGUUGGCCUCGGCACUCACUUUCCUCGAAAAGGAGUUCAUCCUCGAAAUGACCAAAGAAGCGGAGCACGAGGACUGUUGGCUCGGGGCCAAGCGGGGUGCCGAUGGUGCCUUUGACUGGCUUGACGGGUCGGAGUGGGACUACGGGUUUUGGUCGCCGGGUGUGCCAAGUCCAACGGAUACCACGAAAAACUGUCUAGUGCUGUGCAACAGCCUCGACCAGGCGGUGACCACCAUGCAUCGUUAUUACGAGGAUGACUGUAACAAGGAGAUGGUGGGAAUGUGCAAGAAGGCUGGGAACAAGGAACAAGGCCCGGCGAAGGAG